CCGGAGGCAUUGCGUCCCGGUGAUAUCAUUUGUGUCCUUUUUGGAGCCGCAGUGCCAUUUAUGCUGCGACCUCAGGAGCAUUACUUCCUUCUGGUUGGAGAAUGCUAUAUCCAUGAGCUGAUGGAUGGGCAUGUCAUCAGGUUGCGAAGGGGGGGGGGGGGGGUGAAGAGAAGUUCAAAGACCGAAAAUUUGAGAUACAUUGACGCCAUGCUAUUAAAUCGACUUCGUUUCUCCAAGUCAACCUUGUACUGUCGAUGCUUCGGGAUUUUCCGGUUACAGGGACAGCAAGAUUUCUUGCCCUUCUUCCAUGCGUAG